AUGAAUAGCGUCCCACCUCAGGACGUUGGUUUGAAUGACGUCCCAUCUCCGGACGCUAUUUUGAAUGGCUACUGUAAUAUUGGUGGUGCAGAAAAGAUAAGGGACCACAGUAAUGGAAACAUCGCUGUUGACUCAUACCAUAGAUACAAGGAAGAUGUGGCUAUAAUGAAGGGCCUAGGUUUUGAUGCUUACAGAUUGUCCAUUUCAUGGUCUAGACUGUUUCCGUGUGGCCAUCUUAGUGGAGGCAUAAAUACAAAAGGAACUCAUUACUACAACAAUCUCAUCAAUGAACUCUUAGCUAAUGGUCAAAUCCAACCUUUUGUGACGUUAUUCCACUGGGAUCUUCCUCAAGCUCUUGACGAUGAAUAUGGUGGUCUUUUAAGCUCCAAAAUUGUGGAUGAUUUUCGUGAUUAUGCGGAGUUAUGCUUUAAAACCUUUGGUGAUAGAGUGAAGCACUGGAUAACUUUGAAUGAGCCAUUAACUGUUGCUGAUGAUGCUUAUGCAACUGGUAAAAAAGCACCUGGGAGAUGUUCCGACUGGCUCCCUUAUAACUGCACUGGUGGCGAUUCAAGUACUGAGCCAUAUAUAGUAGCUCAUCAUCAACUUCUUGCUCAAGCAGCUGCAGUUCAAGUGUACAAGGACAAGUACCAGAUGUCUCAAAUGGGUCAAAUCGGAAUUACUCUAAAUUGUCAAUGGAUUUUACCCUUGACUAACUCAAGUAGAGACUUUAGUGCAGCAUCCCGAGCCAUUUCUUUCCAAUAUGAUUGGUUUAUGGAACCACUGAAGUCUGGUACGUAUCCAGCUGAUAUGGUUGCUCAUGUGGGGAAACGAUUACCUAACUUUUCUAAGGAGGAAUCGUUAAUGGUGAAAGGAUCUUUUGAUUUCAUUGGACUAAACUAUUAUACUUCAAAAUAUGGUUUUGAUGUUCCUUGCAAAACUGAAUACUUAAGCUACACCACUGACUCUUGUGCUCAGUCUACAGCCGAGCGAAAUGGGAUUCCCAUUGGUCCUGCGACAGGAUCAGAUUGGCUUUAUGUGUAUCCAAGAGGAAUUCUAGAUCUUUUGCUCUACACCAAGAACAAGUUUAGUGAUCCAAUCAUUUACAUUACUGAGAAUGGAGUUAGUGAGCUUGAUACUGAUUGGAUAAUUUUAGAGGAUGACUACAGAAUUCGUUACUUCAAUGAUCAUCUUUCAUUCGUCCAGAAAGCAAUUAAGAGUGGCGUGAAAAUAAAGGGAUACUUUGGAUGUUGAAUACCAUACCAAACUUGAGCAAUGAUCAAUAUCAUCUUCUUUAUGACAGCAAAUUCUACCACAUUUACUAAGCUUCUCCAAAGCAUCUCCAAAAAAUAUUCAAAAGCCAUAAAAGCAAGCUUCUCCAUUUCUCUCCAACACCUUCCAUUUCAAAUAAAGAUCAAGGUAAUCAAGUUGUAGUUCCCAUAGGUUAUUGUUCAACGCUUUUCGAACCCUAUCCGAAGACAAAUCACUGCACAAUAGCUUGGGCGUGACCAAGAGAUCCUUCCUCUCAAUCCCUGAAUGUAUUGUUGCCUUGAGCGCAUGUCUGACGUCUUCUUGGACUCCAUUGUAUCUCUAUGCCUUUAACCAGCCUGACUGAAUCUUUGGCUUUAGAACCAGACUUACAAAUACCCAAACCAAUAGUGAGGAUGGUGUGGCCACUCAAUAGCCUAAAUGAAUCAAUCUUUUGACCAGAGCAUGAUUAACCUUUUAAUAUAUAUCUAUCUACACACACACACACACUUUGUUCUAUCCUAUUUUUCUCAUAAAAAAAGAGCAUGAUUAAUUCAAGUUUAAAUAAGGAUUACUCCCUCUUUAGCUUAUCAAGAGAACAUAAUAGCUUCCCUUUCUAUUUCGAGAGAAAUGUCAAGUGUGGGUAGGACAGAUGUUCCAAACGCAAUAAAGUUCAGCAUUUUUUUUUUCAAUAGGCCUAUUUUACUGGUUUUCACCUUUAAAUUCUUAUUAUUUUUUCCUUGUUUUGAUACUUUCUUUCCUUUACAGUAGAAACCCAAUAUCGUAAACAUCAAAUAAAUUACACGAAUUAAUUAGAGAAAGAAGAUAACCCAACAAACGCGAUAUUUAAUUACAGCAAACAUGAAACCCAGGAAACACAUCAAACAUGAUCAGAGUUUUCUCAUUCUAAGUUUGAUAUGACCAAAGACAAAAAUUACCCAGCAGAAACCCAUUAAACAUGAUUGAAGUUUUCUCAUUUUUCACAAACUCAGCGACAUGAAAUUUUAAAAUACCCAACAAGAAAAAUCCUUCUAACAAAUCCUCAAUAUUAAACAAUGGAGAGUGGAAUCAAAGUAUUAUUCCUAAAAUAUUUACCUACUGAGUGCUGAAUUGAAAACCAAGGAACUUGAGAACGACGGUUAUGCUCAUGCACGAUCGGGAACGGUGACU